AUGUUGCGAAAUAGUUCAAAUCCAACGGUAGCAAGAACAGGAAGAGAAAAACAACCUAAAGGUGGUUGGGAAAAUGAUGAAUCAGACCGAGACGCUGCAGCAAGAGAAACAUAUGAAGAAGCUGGCGCCAAAGGAAAAUUAACAUCAUUUAUUGGAGCAUGGAACCAUCAUACAGUCAACAAGAAAACAGGAUUACCAAAAGCUAGUUUUCUUUUUUUUGAAAUGGAAGUCGAUAAUUUAGAGGAUAUUUGGCCUGAAAUGGAUGAACGAGAUAGACAAUGGUUCGCUUACGAGGAUGCUUUAAAAGCAUUAAUAAAACCUUUUAUGCGCGAAGUAGUAAAGAAAUGUCUUUCUAUUUUAAAGAAAAUUGGAGAGAAUCGUAAGGAAAUUAGUAUAUGGCAAUUUUCGAUUGUUAUUAUUAUUUUAGUCAUUUCCGUUUGGUAUUUGACUAUAAAAUGUGAUAAGGGUUUAGAUUUUCCUUCCGAAAAGUUGACAUCAUUUCUUCCUUUUACGGGUGAACACUGA